ACCUCUCUGUCUUGGUUUUUACCGACUACUCUUACUCUGAUCUGUUAAAGUUUAAAUCAACAACAUGUGGCAAACAAAUAAAUGUAGGCUACACAUUCAAUAAAAUUAUUUGAGAAAAUUAGCUAUCUUUACACGCGCCAAUAAAAUCAAUUAUUUAAUGGAUGAUAUUAAAUAUGCGUAUGUCUAAAAGUGGUUAGAAUAAGGCUCGAUAGAGAUUUAUGUUUUAAAUUAUCUUAUUAUUACAGAUUCUUUCUGCAACUAAUAACGAUUCAACGAGCCGUCGAACGUCAAACGGCCAAUGCAUAUGGUACGGGGCUUGUUACCAGGAUCCCAAUACGGGAUCUAUGAAAAAUUGUUACUACGAUGGUCCUCCUAAAAAAUUAGUCGACGAUGAAGCCAUCGCCAUUUUGAAAAAACGUUGUCCCGAUUUAUCGCCCGAAGCAACAUGCUGUGGACCUGAUCAGUUGCAAAUUCUUGAAAUGAACAUGGCCCUCCCCCAAACUUUACUCAGCAGGUGCCCGCCUUGCAUGGAGAACUUUCUGAAAACAGUCUGUCACAUGACGUGUUCACCGGAACACUCCAAGUUCUUAAACGUCACUGAGAAACGUUUCGAUCCAGCCACAAAUGUGACCUACGUGAACGAGAUUGAUUAUUUCAUGGAAAACUCUUUCAUGGAGAACGUUUUUGGAUCUUGCAGGCAAGUCAGCGUGCCGUCCACUGGCGGAAAGGUAAUGGAUCUGAUGUGUGGAGACUGGGGCUCCUCCAAAUGCACUGCCUUGAGGUGGUUCAGUUAUUUGGGCAACAAAGAGACUCCUAUGGUACCGUUCCAGAUUACAUAUCACAAUGAAACUAGUCCCACAAAGGGCUUCAUUCCUCUCAAUUUACCGACUGUGCCCUGUAGUAAAUCAGCUGAUGGCAUUUUACCGGCUUGUAGUUGCGUCGACUGCGAAGAAAGUUGUCCCGUACCGCCACCUCAACCGUCACCUGCCCUGCCUUUCAGAAUAGCAGGUCUAGAUGGUUAUGCUUUUGUUAUGACUGUCGUCUUUAUCGUGGGCUCAGGAAUAUUUUUGCUCGGCGUCUUUUUGUGUUCAGGAAGGAAACAUUUGGAUAAAAGUUAUUUUCCUAAAUCUUCUUCAUCCUCCGAUUUAAAUUCUUCUAUUGAUAGUAGUGACGAAAUUAUUACCACACCAUAUGAGCAAGUUCCAUCAGAUAAUAAUGAACAGAGUGCUGAGAAUAGUAAUAGUGAUGAAUGGUGUGAUUUAGAAGAAGAUGUAGAUGGUGACGAUUUUGUAUUAACCAAGAAUACAUUAGUUGGUAUUCAGCCACAUGCGGUACAGAAACCAAUAGACGUUUUUGGCCAUUUCGUAAUUGAUGAAAUAUUGGAUAUUAUUGUUAAUGAAACCAACAUUUAUGCUGUUCAACAAGUAUGCGACACUUACGAAAAUCCAGGCAUGACAUCAGAACAAGCCCACGAACUGGAAACUCAUUCCAUAAGCAAACAUCCCGAUGACUACGAGAACGCUUCAUCUUUCAUAGAAAAAUUGGGCGCCAACACAGACACUUUACUACAGAAUUUCUUCGAAAAAUGGGGCACCUUCUGUGCCGAACGUCCGUGGUUGAUCCUCUUUUUGGGGGCUUGUUUAGUCAUGGGACUAGGUCACGGGAUCAAAUAUCUUAGGAUUAUCACUGAUCCAGUAGAACUUUGGGCUUCACCUUCAUCCCGCAGCCGUAUAGAAAGAGAAUUCUUUGACAGCCACUUCGAGCCCUUCUACCGUACAGAGCAAGUGAUCAUUCGAGCUGUCAAUCUCUCCAGAGUAUACCAUAACACCUCAGACGGCGUUCUAGUUUUCGGUCCGGCUUUCAACCCAAAUUUCUUGAAAUCAGUGUUGGAUCUACAGGAAAGAAUACAGUCGAUUGGGGAAGGAACAUCGUACAGCUUCGACAAGAUAUGUUUCGCGCCUUUGAGGAAAGAAGGCCAGAAAGAUACCGAGGUUACUGAGUGUGUGGUUCAAAGCAUUUGGGGUUAUUAUCAAAACAGUAUAGAUAUUUUUGAAGAAGAUGGAACAGAUCCUCUUGGUUAUCAAACCAACUAUUUGGAUAGAUUCGUAAAAUGUGCUGGAAAUCCAUACGACCCUGUCGAUUGCCUUGCUCCAUAUGGAGGUCCAGUCGAUCCAGCCAUUGCAAUGGGAGGUUUCCUGAGACCUGGCGAAAGUCUAGCCAGACAUCCAGACUAUAAGAACGCUACCACAGUCAUUCUAACAUUUAUCGUUAAUAACUACCAUAACAAAAGUUUAUUGGCUCCAGCGAUGAGCUGGGAACAAGAUUAUGUUGCCUUUAUGAAGAAUUGGACUGCUACUCAGAAACCUUUUUACAUGGAUAUCGCCUUUACCUCGGAACGUUCGAUUGAAGAUGAACUUGAUAGAGAAAGUCAAUCAGAUGUUGUUACUAUUCUUAUAUCUUACAUGAUUAUGUUUGCAUACAUAGCUAUAUCUCUUGGACAAGUUAAUACUUGCUCUAGGCUUCUGAUCGACAGCAAAGUUACUUUAGGUCUUGGUGGUGUAUUGAUAGUACUAGCCUCAGUAAUAUCAUCUGUUGGUUUAUUUGCCUUCAUCGGUACCCCAGCUACUCUUAUUAUCAUAGAAGUAAUUCCCUUCUUAGUUCUAGCGGUAGGAGUCGACAAUAUCUUCAUUCUAGUACAAACUCAUCAAAGAGGUGUUAAGAAAUCGAAUGAAACACACGCUCAACAUAUCGGUAGAACUCUAGGACAAGUUGGUCCAUCGAUGCUGUUGACCAGCGUCUCGGAAAGUUGCUGCUUUUUCCUGGGAAGUUUGUCUGAUAUGCCAGCUGUCAAAGCUUUUGCAUUGUAUGCUGGUAUGGCUUUGAUGUUCGAUUUCUUGCUUCAGAUCACUUGUUUUGUCAGUUUGAUGGCCUUGGAUAUUGCUAGACAGUCUGCAAACAGAUUUGAUAUAUUCUGCUUCAUCAGAGGCUCGAAGAAAAACGAACCGUCCUCCUCUAACGGGCAAGAAGGCCUUCUGUACUCCUUCUUUAAAUAUAUUUACGUACCGAGCUUAAUGAACAAGCCAGUUAGAUGUGCCGUGAUGAUUAUAUUCUUCGGCUGGUUAUGUUCUUCGAUAGCUGUAGCUCCACAUAUAGAAAUAGGUUUGGAUCAAGAGUUGUCCAUGCCAGAAGACAGCUUUGUGUUGAAAUAUUUCAGAUCAUUAAAGGAUUAUUUGAGUAUAGGGCCCCCAGUGUACUUUGUUGUAAAAAGCGGACUCAACUAUAGUGAUGUUGAUGCUCAAAAUCUGGUGUGUGCUGGAAGGUACUGCAAGGAAAAUUCCUUGGUUACCCAACUAUACAGUGCUAGCAAAAUUCCAGAAACCAGUUACAUCGCAAGACCUUCUUCGAGUUGGGUUGAUGACUAUUUUGAUUGGGCUGAUUCCAAGCCGUGUUGUAAGGCCAAGAAGACUGAUCAUAGUUUCUGUCCGCACGAUGAUUUUGGUUGUCAAUCCUGUAACAUAAAAUUCGGCGGUAAAGAGCACCGCCCACUUCCUGAAGAAUUCAGUCGCUACGUUUCAUUCUUUCUGCGCGACAAUCCUACUAAUACUUGUCCAAAAGGAGGUCAUGCAGCAUAUGGUCAAGGAGUGAACUACAACACAAACACCACAACCAAAUUGUCCACAGUAGGAGCCUCCUAUUUUAUGACUUACCACACCAUUUUGAAGACCUCCGAAGAUUAUUAUGAGAGCAUGAGGAUGGCGAGAAAAUUAGCUGAUAACUUGACGAAAACUAUCGGUGUGGAGGUUUUCCCUUAUUCGGUGUUUUAUGUGUUCUAUGAGCAGUAUUUGACGAUGUGGCCUGAUACGUUAUUUAGUUUAGGUGUCAGUGUUUUAGCAAUAUGUAUCGUAACUUUUCUCUUGAUGGGUCUAGAUAUAUUCUCCAGUAUUGUAGUAAUAAUUACGAUAUCCAUGAUCAUAGUGAACUUAGGAGGGCUCAUGUACUGGUGGCAUAUCACCCUCAAUGCAGUAUCUCUAGUCAAUUUAGUAAUGGCAGUAGGAAUUUCAGUAGAAUUUUGUUCGCAUUUGGUCCACAGCUUCUCGAUGUCGUUGAAACCUACCAGAGUCGAAAGAGCUGCAGAAGCUUUGGCAACGAUGGGUAGUUCCAUCUUUUCGGGGAUCACUCUAACGAAGUUUGGCGGUAUUAUCGUUCUUUACUUCGCCAAAUCGCAGAUCUUCCAAGUCUUCUAUUUCAGGAUGUACUUGGGAAUCGUCUUAUUCGGAGCUGCUCACGGGCUCAUCUUCUUACCAGUUUUACUUAGUUUUAUAGGCGUGAUCAAGCGUAGAAGCCCCCACCAACAAUACAUACACUACACUACAUAUUCGGAGUACUCAUGGACCCGGACGAUGGUAUCACCUCUGCUGUCAUCCAUCUCCCAGCGCCGCUCCUACGGUGCUAUAACUCCUGAUUACAUAUAGUCCAAUACUAGGACUCUUUAAGUAUUGUUAGUUCGAAAUAAUAUACCAAUUUAAUGUUUUCUGGCUAAAUUUUUGGUAGCUAAAGUGAUACGUGGCAACUCCAAAUAUGUCGAGUGUCUUAUUUUUUUUUACUUAUUAGGUUUAUUUACAUUUCCCAUGAUAUUAGUGGCCAUUUUGGUAACGGUAUGACAUACUUUAUACGAUAGCAAGAUUGGAUAUUAUUAGAAAGUAUACUAAUGGUGGUGACAUUGUAUCACUUGCAACUCUAUGAUCUACCAUAUCGUUUAAUGAUGCAAUUAUAGGACUUUUCAUCAGCGGCCAUGUUUUUCGUAGAGACAGAUUUUAUACUUUAUACGUAGUGGUUUAUUAAAUUUAUAAAGAAAUAUUUGUGAAAUAAAUAUUUUUUAUUUAAUAAAGAAUUACAUAUUCCAUAACAACUUUUUGUACAUGUAUCAUAAUAAUAAUCGAUUAAAAAAUUGAUUUGCUAAUUGUGGCACUUUAUUUUUUUCAAUAACUAGAUUUUCUUUAUUAUUUUUUAUAUUAAUUAUCUAUAUUAUUUGUAUUACUAACCUAACCUGUUUGUUUACAAAAUGUCUGUUCGAAAAAAAAAAUGGCUGACACUAUUUUUUGAUGAAAAGUCCUGUUGGCCAAAAUAAUGGCAUCUGUCUAAAAUGGCAUCUUUCACUUAGAAUGUGAUAUUUUUUAAUACUUUAAUAGAGUCUGUUUAUUUUUAUCGGCAGUUAUUUCGAAUUAAAUUUAAAAUAAAUAUUUUUUCUAAUUAUGCUCAUAUUUUAAUACCAAGAAGGCAUUUUUUGGUAUAUUCCUUAAAAAUAAUUAUAAUUCAUACAAAUGCCAUAAUCUUUAACCCUCCAGUACACGCGCUCUAUUUUCUAUUUUCUUUGUUUUAAUGAGGUUUUAAUAAUACCACUGCAAUCUCUAAUUGGCUUUACAUAUUUUAUUAGUAAAAUGUACAAUAAAGU